AUGCCUCCCAAAUCAGCAGUACAGUACACCACGGCCGGCCGACAGGUCCCUCUCUUUUACAGAGUCUUCUUCCUCGCCAUCGAGCCUAUUUCCGCCCUCGUCGGUGCCUUCUUCGCCCAUUUCCGACAGGACGAAUACCUCACACUCACUCACGCCAUAUCGAAGCCCGACGUCAUCCCUCAGGGUACCACGAUCGUGCUCUCUCAGCUUGCGAACCUCUACCUCCUCUUCGCCCUCAACGAGGCCCUCGUCCUCCGCUCGACGAACGAUAUCCGGGUUUGGAAGACCGUCCUGUUCGUCCUGCUGGUCGCCGACCUUGGGCACUUGUACACCGUCCGAAGCCUAGGCCCCGAGGUCUACUACAACUUCACCAAGUGGAACGCCAUCGACUGGGGCAACGUGCCUUUUGUCUACCUCGGUGCCUCCAUGCGCACCGCGUUUCUGGCCAAUGUUGGGCUCAGCGGUCGACGCGUUGUGGCUAACAGACAGCAAUAA